CAUUUUUGUUGAAUCAUCAUGGAAAUUGAGAUCAAAAUCAGAUUGCCCUCAGAAGAUGCCACUUGUAUGUUAGAAAAGACACUUGGUAGUCCUAUAGCUUCAGAGGACCAGAACAAUGUCUUCUUUGAUGGAGUUCACAAAGAACUGAUCAAGAGCCGACUUGUCUUUCGUAUCAGAAUUAUUCAAAAGUCCGACAAGGUCCCUGUUGCAGUUGUUGCUCUGAAAGGAAAUGCAGUUCUUGUAAACGGCAUUGCAACUGUCGAAGAGGAAGAAGAACCAAUUGAUAUCGCUAUCGCGAGACAGAUCAUAGAUAAUCCCAAUCUGAUCCCAGAGGCGGCAAAAUCUCAUCGCUUACUUCAAAAAAUCGUUGAACGGGUGCCAUGCCCAGAUGGAUACUCACAUAUGGGUCGCUUUAAGAACAUACGCCACAAGUUCCAAUGGCGGGAAUACUUGGUCGAAGUGGAUCGAACAACGUAUCCACAUGGGACUGCAUACGAGGUUGAAAUCGAAUCAACAGAACCAGAGAAAGCAAAAGAGUCCAUGACAUCGCUUCUCGACGAGCACGGGAUCUCCUAUGGCUAUAGCCAGCGAAAUAAAUUUGAGAAUAUGUUCUAUGGGACAUUGCUCUAGAUGCUGACCUAUGAUUGGGCGCAGCCUCAACAUCAAAGCAACCCUCAUCAAGACUCAAGGCUAAGAGUAUAAAAGCUUUUUUUAUUUGCAAACAAGCUCUCCUAUGUGUUUCCAUGUUAUUAGGUUAUUUAGAUGCGAGGGAACAGAUUCUACUGCACCCCUUGUAUAAUUGACUAAUAAAGUCGUGUUUGUGUGUCCGUGUGACCUAUCCC